CCUAAACAGUUCAUACUAGAGAAGGGUGUACGAAGCCUCAGACUUUGUCAGCAGAUCGCCGAGAGAUCGAACAGGAGGUUCGGGAAGCAAAGAGCUUGGGGUUUAAGGCACAGGGAACCUCGAAAUUGUUGUAAAUGGGUCUCAGCAGCCGUCAGUCUCCAAACACCGGUGCCCGGGAAACAGGCAAACCUAGCCAACAGAUUUAGGACAGUGGUUUCGGCUCCAGCUUCUUCAGAACAUGUGGACCCCCAAAACCCGUACCCGAUGACAACCUACGUGGAGAAUACCCUGCCUAUCCCUUUGCUCUCCAUUUAGGGGUGACCCUGCGCAUUAGCUUUCCUGAUCUGCACCUCGGGUUUCAUCUACAAAUUAUUUGGGCCCGACUUGGACCUUGAACUCGGAACGAAUCCCAGCGUUUUCUGGCCCUUGAAUGCACUUCCAGGCUCUCCAACUGUGCCCCAAGAGUUGGUGGUAACUUCUAAGGAUCCAUUCCUGAACAGAGCUACAAGGCUGCCUAGAGUCCAGGUGCUGCAGAAGAGGAGGGAGAGAAUCUUUCCUGGGAGGCAGUUGAUUGGCUGUGGGAAGAGGGGGCUUGGCAAGUCUGCGCCAUUGCGGACUCCGCCCGCGAAUAUAUGGGUCCGUGAUGGAGCCCGCAGCCCGAGGUCGUGUCCCGCCCUGACUCCCACAGACAGCCAUGCUGCCCCGAGGGCGCCCCCGGGCACUGGGGGCCGCACUGCUGUUGUUACUGCUGCUAGUGGUUGGCUUCUUCCUAUUCGGCCGGGACCCGGAGUGUGAGCGCCGUAGCUGGGCAGGGGAAGAGGGGACCCUGUGUGACCGCUGCCUGCUCACGCCACGUGUCUUUUCAGAUGGACUAGGCACAACCGCCACCCUCGAUGGAGACCCGUACGGGAGCCGCAACCGCUCCACCUCCAGCCUGCAGCUUCUACUGCCACCCAAGUGCGAGAUGUUGCAUGUGGCCAUCGUGUGUGCGGGAUACAACUCCAGCCGAGAGAUCAUCACCCUAAUGAAGUCCGUGCUAUUCUACAGGAAAAAUCCGCUGCACCUCCACCUGAUAACCGAUGCCGUAGCCAGAAACAUCCUGGAGACACUCUUCCGAACAUGGAUGGUACCAGCUGUGGUGGUCAGCUUCUAUGAUGCUGAAGAGCUCAAGCCCCUGGUUUCCUGGAUUCCCAACAAGCACUACUCUGGCCUCUAUGGGCUCAUGAAGCUAGUACUUCCCAGCGUCCUGCCUCUCAGCCUGGCCCGAGUCAUUGUCCUGGACACUGAUGUCACUUUCUCCUCUGACAUUAUGGAGCUCUGGGCACUCUUUGGUCAUUUUUCUGACAAGCAGGUGGUCGGUCUUGUGGAGAACCAGAGCGACUGGUACCUGGGCAACCUCUGGAAGAACCAUAGGCCCUGGCCUGCCUUGGGCAGGGGAUUUAACACAGGUGUGAUCCUGCUUUGGCUGGACAGACUACAGCAGAUUGGCUGGGAGCAGAUGUGGAAGCUGACGGCCAAACGGGAGCUGCUUACUUUGACUGCCACUUCCUUGGCUGACCAGGACAUCUUCAAUGCCGUCAUCAAGGAGCAUCCCGAGCUGGUGCAUCCCCUGCCCUGUGUCUGGAACGUGCAGCUGUCAGACCACACUCUGGCUGAGCGCUGCUACUUGGAAGCAGCUGACCUCAAAGUGAUCCACUGGAAUUCACCAAAGAAGCUUCGAGUGAAGAACAAGCAUGCAGAAUUCUUCCGUGAUCUACACUUGACCUUCCUGGGGUUUGACGGGAAGCUACUGUGUAGAGAGCUCUUUGGUUGCCCCAACCAGUUCCCUCCUGGGGCUGAGCAGUUGCAACAGGCCCUAGCACAGCUGGAUGAGGAAGAGCCCUGCUUUGAGUUCCGCCAACAGCAGCUCACUGUGCACCGUGUACACAUCACCUUUCUGUCUCACCAGCCGCCACCUCCUCGGCCUCACGACGUCACCUUGGUGGCCCAGCUCUCUAUGGACCGGCUGCAGAUGCUGGAAGCCCUGUGCAGGCACUGGCGGGGCCCCAUGAGCCUGGCCUUGUACCUGACAGACGCAGAGGCUCAGCAGUUCCUGCGUUUCGUGGAGACGUCACCAGUACUCUCUGCAAGGAAGGAUGUGGCCUAUCAUGUAGUGUACCGGGACGGCCCCCUCUAUCCAGUCAACCAGCUCCGAAAUGUGGCCUUGGCCCAGGCUCUCACACCCUACGUCUUCCUCAGUGAUAUUGACUUCUUACCUGCCUACUCCCUCUAUGACUACCUCAGGGCCUCUAUUGAGCAGCUGGCGCUGGGCAGGCGGCAGAGGAAGGCUGCUUUGGUAGUGCCUGCAUUUGAGACCCUGCACUACCGUUUCAGCUUCCCAAACUCUAAGGCAGAGUUGUUGACCUUACUGGAUGCUGGCUCUCUCCACACCUUUAGGUACCACGAGUGGCCACAGGGUCAUGCAUCCACAGACUAUACCCGCUGGCGGGAAGCCCAGGCACCAUACCAAGUGCAGUGGUCAGCUGACUAUGAGCCUUACGUGGUGGUACCCCGUGACUGUCCCCGCUAUGACCCUCGCUUCGUGGGCUUUGGCUGGAACAAGGUGGCCCAUAUCAUAGAGCUGGAUGCUCAGGAAUAUGAAUUCCUGGUACUUCCUGAGGCCUUCUCUAUCCACUUGCCCCACGCCCCAAGUCUGGACAUCUCCCGCUUCCGCUCCAGCCCCACCUACCGCGACUGCCUCCAGGCCCUCAAGGAGGAGUUCCACCAGGACUUGUCUAGGCGCUAUGGGUCUGCAGCCCUCAAAUACCUCACUGCCCUGCAGCAGUCCCGAAGCCGGGCCUGAGCUUGCCGGGACACAUACAUACACUGGAGAAACUGGGGACCCUGGUGGGUGCCUACCCUUAUUGCUAUCUAAAUUAUUUAAAGUUUUUGUCAGAAGGGCUAGAGUGGAGCAUCUGUGGGGUUCCUGGUUCCUUCUCCUGCUGUUCCACACUGGGGUCCAGCCCUCCUUUGCCUCAGCUGGUUUGGGGCUAGUUCUCCUAAUUCUCUUACAUAAUAAAAUUUUUUUAACUUUUUAAAUCUUA